AUGGCACCCAUUUUAGUGAGCCUGCUAGGGGGGUCCUCUCUGCCAAUAGCAAAUACAAAAGCAAAGAAAGUUUUAGUAAAAGGAGAACUAUAUGGAGAACCAGUAUUGUUAGGAAAUGUUUAUGCUCCUAAUGUCUAUGAUGAGGACUUUUUUGCCUUCCUAAUCAGUAAAAUUCCUGAAAUGGACUGUACAAAUAUGACAAUUGGAGUGGGGUUCUAUAUGGUGAUGAAGAUGAUGAUGGAGACGGCCACUCGACAGGUCCCGGGCAGGCCGGGGCAGAGGAAUGGGCGCGACGGUAGGCGGGGACAAGCGAUCCAGGCGGUCCCUGCUCCCGCUCCGCCUCACCGGCUCGUCGUACUUCCUUGGGUCGCCUCCCCGUCCCGGCUCGUAGUUGUGGUCGUGCCCUCGGGCUCUUCCCGGGCUGUGUUCGCGGCCGUAGCGCAUGUCCGGGCUGUGGGCCCGGUCCAGCAUUCGCUCGCUGCGGUAGCGGCGGUCCGGGCUGUACUCGCGGUCCAGGGCCCGCUCGCUGCGGUAGCGGCGGUCGGGGCUGUGGUCUCGGUCUAG